AUGAAAGGUAAUGAUCGCCCAAUUAAAAUAAAUCCUUCCGGGAAAUAUAAUCUUGAUUUUAUCGAUUGGAAUAAUGAAUGGGCUGCCGUAUACAAUAAUGGAUAUCGUCAUGAUGGGAAGAUGGAUUGUAACUGUUAUACAUUAAUUAAGAAUGCCCCAUUUAGGGAAUGUCACUUGAAACCUUUAAUAAAUUAAUUGUAAUUAUAUGAAAUUUAAGAUAUUUAGUCUGAGGAAUUUGAGAGAUUUGAGUUUGAAUAAGAGGAUAUGAAAAAUGAAGAAAAUAAAUUAGAAGAAUAAUUUGUAGGAUAAAUCAAAAAAAUGAAAAUGGGAAAAUCAUCAAAAAAUUGUUCAAUUUGCAUUAAAGAUUUUGUCAAAGGUAUUGAUUAGGUUUAAUUCCCAAGGUGAAAUCAUAAUGAAGUUGCCAUGCAAUCAUAUAUUUCAUGAAGAUUGUAUAGUUCCUUGGUUUUAAAAGGCAAGUAAAUGUCCAAAUUGUAAAUUUGAUGUUAAAGAACACUUUAAAAGUUAAUAAUAAUGA